AUGUCGCGGCGUAGCCUCUCAGCGGCGCGGAGAACUGAAGCGAUCAGGCUGCAUUUGAUGUCCACGUCUAGCGCACCAGUCGAGGAGGCACCGGUGCUGUUCAAAUCAGAUGGUGCCCUGAGAGCAUAUAUCCUCAAUCGGCCCAAAAAAUUGAAUGCUCUGGAUGAAACCAUGCUGAGUAUUCUGCGACCAAAGAUUGAGGAAUGGGCUCGCAGUGAUUUGACUGGCGUUGUAGCAGGCACAGCUGUUGGACGUGCAUUCUGUGCGGGUGGAGACGUCGCCCGCAUUGUCGAAUAUUCCAAGAAGGUGGAAACACUCCCCAAGGCCGUCGAUUUCUUCCACCGAGAGUUCGAGAUGGACUACAUCCUUGCCGCGAUGCCGAAGCCUUACAUCGCGUUCAUGGACGGAAUUACCAUGGGCGGGGGCGUUGGAUUGUCGGUGAACGCCCCAUUCAGGAUCGCCACUGAAAACACAGUAUUUGCCAUGCCGGAAACCAAGAUUGGUUACUGUCCCGACGUCGGCGCAAGCUACUUCCUCUCAAGAAUAGACGGCGAAAUUGGCACCUACCUGUCAUUGACGGGUGAAACCAUCUCAGGCAGGGCAGUUUUCGAACAUGGUUUUGCGACACAUUUCAUUCCUUCGCGGCGCAUUCCCGGACUGCUUGAGCGGCUGGCCGGUUUUGAAGACCCGACGUACGCGCAGAUCGACAUCCUCCUUGAGGAGUGUAGGUCGGAUCAACAGCCUGGCCAACUGAACAGCUUACUUGUGGGCAACACGCGGAUCGCGCUGGACAAGGCAUUCCGGCACAACUCGGUUGAAGAAAUUGUGGGGGACCUGAGGGCGUUCGCGGAAGGAAGCGAGAAUGAGGAGGUGGCCGAGUGGGCUAAGCAUACGCUGGCUGCGUUGGACCUGCGUAGUCCGACGAGUCUGAAGGUCGCUCUUGCGGCCGUCCGCAAGGGAAAGACGAUGUCGCUUCUUGAGGCUCUGCAGAUGGAGAUGAAUAUCGCUUCCGCGUUCUGUCACGGCGUUAGCCCUGACUUCCGCACUGGCGUGACUGCGGUGCUCGUCGAAAAGCUUAAGGGCCGUCCAGACUGGUUGCCAUCGAAGCUGGAAGACGUGAACGACGAAUUCGUGGAGAAGGAGUUCUUCAAUGCUUUUACCCCGGAGGAUGGCACCUCACCGAGAAUCACACCUCCAGAUUACCUCGUAGACCACACGAGGCUGAUGGACCCGAUGCGCUUCGCGCUGCCGACUGAGGAGGAGAUUGGCCAGCUAGUCGCGGGCAACCACAAGACCAGCGGAGGGUUCGCGCUCGACCUCGAGGACCUCCUGGAGAAGUUCAACGACAUCAAGAAAGGCAAGGCCGGCGUGCGGGAGAAGGUCCUAGAGGUCGUGGAUCGGCGAUGUACCUUCGAGAAGGACUCGGACAAGCAGUGGCUAGAGUGGAAGCACUGA